GACAUGAAUGACUUGAAGAGACUUAUAUUAUAUAUAUAUAUAUAGAUACAUAAAUGAGGCUUCUAUAUGACAAACUUUUGUGAGAACAUUAAGAUGACUAAGAAGCAAUUAGAGUCUAUGAUGGAGAAAAUGAGAGGUUUGAGUCUUGUAUCAUUUGGCGGUUGCUUUGAUAGCUGCUAUGAUCAGACUUAUGGAUUAGGGACAAGGAUUUGUAACCUGAGUGAUAGGCCAGUGGAGUUGCAGAUAAGGGUAGGGUCAAUACUGAAGAAGGUUCAUAUUUUGAAGCCAGGGUGUUCUAAGAGAGUGAAAAGUAAAGGCAUAUAUAAGGCUUAUAUGCCUGGGAGAAGUGGAAGCAAUGAUGUGGGAUUGAAGAGUUUGUUGUAUUACUAUGAUGAGACUUGUCAACCUUAUAUAUGGAUUCAUGAUGUAGGGGGUGAUUCUUUAAGGAUGGUGAAACAACAGUAUGUGAGUCUUGAGGAUUUGAGGGAGUGUUGUGAGAUUAGGAUCUUGAGGGAUCAACACAAAGGUUGCAUUUCGGUUUGUAAGAGAACUAGACCUGAUUUAUGCUGAGUUUGAAUGUUGUUCUAGUCUGCAUUGUUUGUUAUGGGUGGGAAAUAACAGUUUGGUUUCUUGUUUUUGUGUUUUCUUUUGUUGGGUGUGUUAUGAGUUGCAGAACAUAUAUAUCCGUUGUCAUGUUUGAUUGUUUUAUUAUAUGAAUUUUCUUAGAGAUAUAAUAAAGGUCACAUGUAAUUACAUGGAUUAACAUUAA